GCUGCGUAUGUUGGAUAUCCCAGGUGCCCGUCGAGAAACCCAUUUGAAUUCUGUUUAUUCCAAUAACUUGUUCAAAUUAUAUUUUUCAUAUGCUGAUGUCGUGGAAAGCGUUUGAGAUGUUUUCAACUGAAAUGUUCCCCCUUACUUUCAGCGCCUACUUUAUUAUUGUUUUAAUGCGGACCACAUAUUAGGUCUGGGUUAUUGCAAGCGUCUGUAUAAAUUAAGAUACGAACUUACUGCUGGUCGGGUAUUGUUAUAAACAAACCGGGUAUUAUGGGCAUGUGUUUGACUUGCACAUAAUAUAUUUGCAGUGAUAUCAAUCGUAUUCUUAAAGCAUCGCAAGUAGCAAUUGUGUGUUCGUGAAAGUUCCCAGUGCUCUUAAUAAGAGACUAUUUUGGUGAACCUGUUCUGGUAUACAUGGAGUUCCAGUUGGACAGUGCGGAAUAUUGUCAGGCUCAACACAAAUAAAUUACUUACAAAGAGGCAAAAACUAAUUCCUGAACUUAGUCAUUUUGCAAAGUUGCCAUAGUUUUUUGGAUUUACCUCAGAAAACCAAAUAAGCUGUGUGUCUAAAGAAAAUAAUUUUUCUCUUACCGCUAUUUCUACGAAUGAUGAGCUUUUCCUAGUUGUUGAGUUCUUUUUUACAUUGCUGAAGCAUAUCAACUAGUGUAAAUACCUACCUAAACAAGUUUCGUAAUCCUUAUCCUAUUAAAUUGAUUUCGAGAGACUGAUAUUUUCUAAUCGACGGAAUCUUCGAAACUAAGCCAAUAAUAAUAGUAAUAAUAAAUCAAUAAUCAGUGCCGAAUUUUAUCAUUAAACAAAAAGGAAUGACCACCGGCAUCAUGAGGCAAAAGGACAUUCGACCUGCUCCAGCAGAAAUUGAAUACAAAAAUUUCAAAUUUUUGAUUACCGAUAGACCUUCAGACCAAAACAUACUACUUUAUAUUCAGGAACUGCAAAAACAUAGAGUAACAGCAGUUGUGCGGGUCUGCGAGCCAUCCUACAAGAUCGAUGAGCUGCAGAAUGUCAAUAUCGAAGUCUUUGAUUUGAUGUAUGAUGACGGCACCUUUCCACCAAAUGACAUAGUGGAAGAGUGGUUUAAAGUUUUGAAAAAUCAGUUCAAUGAGCACCCAGAUGGUUGUGUUGCUGUUCAUUGCGUCGCUGGAUUAGGACGUGCACCUGUGAUGGUUGCACUAGCGCUUAUUGAGUUAGGUCUCAAGUAUGAAGAGGCUGUGGAACGUAUUAGAGAAAAGCGGCGAGGUGCAAUAAAUGCGAAGCAAUUGGCGUUCCUGGAAAAGUACCGUCCGAAGUCUCGUCUAAAAGCCAAAAACGGACGGCAAAAUUCGUGCUGCAUGCAGUAAAAGAAUUUUCACCGAAAAUUCAUUAACUUAAUAUGUGUUCAUCUCUUAAAUAUACAGGACAUUAAUAGUAAAGUCUUAAAAAUAUGUGUGGAUAUACGUAAAAUGAACAAAAAAAAUUGCUUCCUUUCAUUUCGUUAGAAAAAUCAAAAAAUAAUUUUGAAUUGAUGUGGAACAUGUCUUAGAAUUAUUGAUAAACAUAUGACUUUAGGAUAAAUAUAUAUACUUGUUGAUUGGUUUCGGCUACAGGUAGUUUGUCUGGUAGAGUAAUGAACGUGCGUAAUUCUCAGAAUAAAAUUAAGUUUCCUUUUUAUUUAGAUUUUAAUUUAAAAUUUACUUGCACUUUGUAUUCCUGAUAAUUUACUUGUGUUUUUAUUUUGAGAAUGUUAUUUAUUCAGGAUAUUCUAGUAAAUUUAUUGAUAGUAUUGUGACGAGUAUAUGCUAGUUCUUUCAUUUUUAGGAAUCUGCUUGAAAUUCAUUUGUGUUUGUAGUAAUUUUCAACUUUAGCUAUUUAGGCUUAUAUGACGGCAAUCAAUGACAUUGAAACAAUGUACUAAGUUAGUUUCUGUAUCACGGUGUAAGUGCUAUUAUUUGUUACCGUAAUACAUAAGAUUUUAAAUGUAUAUUAACUUAUAUUUAUUUGAAGUCUUUUUAUUAAUCAAUCAUCACGUUAGCUUUCAAGAUUUUUAUUGUAAACCCCAAAAAUAUAUUUUAAUAUUAUGGGUA